UGCAUAAUUCCAGGAACAGAAAAGGUCAUUCAGAUGGUGCUUGCGCUCAGUAUGGAACAGAAGAGGAUGAAGGCUCCAGUUCAGAGCGUAGGAAUAUGGCUAGUCCGGCAAAUAUAAUGGAUGAGAAAGAACAGUCUAUUGUCAUCUCUGAUAGCGACAGCUUGGAGCUGGAGGAAGAGGGUACUUCUCAGAAAAAGCAGACUCGCCAUCGGAAAACCCUGGCAACUAAGCGAAAAAUUGCACGUAUGACUGAGGAGGAACAGCUGGCCCUUGCAGUAAAAAUUAGCCAGCAAGAACAGGCAAAUCAUGUGAAACACAGAGAAGAAGAAGAUGAACUUUUAAGAAAAGCCAUUGAGGAGAGUCUGCAUAGUUGCAAAAGUCCUGCUAAAGCAACAGUUGUCCGAGUUCAUGAUUUAUCUGAAGAGGAAUCUUCUAGUGAAGAAGACAUUGCUUUAGAUGAAGAGCAUUUGUCACAGCAGUCUCAGAGUUUAGGUCAAGACUCUUCACAAACCCCCAAAGUGUUUUUGAAACGUUUAAGUCAAGACAUAGUAGAAAGUCCUAGUAUUAUUUUGUCUCCAAACUGCAAGGACCCUUUAUCAUGCACAGAAAGCUGCAAAGCAUCUUCUUUAUCUCAAAGUAACAGUAAUGACUUUGCCAGUGUGUUGCCUUGUAAAGCUUCUUUAAGUCCUGUUUUUCCAGUAAAGUCUCCAAAUGCACGUAAAAUGAUUCCCUGCAGAUUACUUCAGGACAAAAGCCCAAGUUCUGUAAAUAUAUCAGAUGAAAUAGAGGGCCACUCUUUAUACUGUUCAGAAAGUACGCAGCAAGAUUCCUCUUCAUUGAGAUCUAUCUCAAAUAAGUCUGAAGUCACAGAAAGUGCAAGUUCGUCACACAAUGUCAGCAUUUGUUUGAAGGAAUCAAGCAUGGAGAAUGUCUCAUUGAAUAAUAGGGAUGCUCUUUCUGCGCAUACCUGUCAAACGCCUGCUAAUAUGUUUGCCAAAAAACAGCAAAAUGACAGUAGUGUCCAUUACUACUGGGGUAUACCUUUCUGUCCAAACGGUCAGGAUCCUAAUGCAUAUACCCAAGUCAUCCUUUGUCAGCUAGAGGUGUAUGAGAAAAGUUUGAAAAAAUCUCAGAGACAUCUCUUAGAGAAAACUGAAUAUGGUGAACCAGUUAAUCUAGCUGCUUCCUCAGAAAGAAACGAACAUGCAAAAGACAGCCAAGGCAGCCUAAGCCAGGAAGAUACAGAGGAGAUUAUAGAGGGUGGUGACCAGCAGAAGCCAAAACAGAGUGUGUUGGAGACUGCAGAAGAGACUGAUAGUUCAGACAUACAGCUUGUUCCCAGCAAGAGGUCAAAGGCUUCUUGUAGCCAUUUCCAAGAGGAUGACCAUUCCUGUCGAUCUGAAGGCCAAGUGAAAAGUCAAUCACAAGAAAUGUUUACCAACAUGCUGCCAAGUGAAUGUGAAGGAGUAGCUCCAGAGGUGCUUGUACAAAGAUCUACCACUUUCAUUGUUUUUCAUCUAAAUCUAUCACAGAAAGUAACUUCAUUUUAUUACAGCUUUAGUCCCACCCCACCUGCUGAGGUGAGGGAUGAAAACUGUCCGAAUCCAGAACUGCCCAUCGAGAAUACCCAGGAAGAAAGCGUCUGUCCAGAAACACAACUUGGCUCAGAAAUUCAAGACAAUGAGCAAGAGAAUCAACCAGAUUUAACUGAGACUGCCCCAGUGCCACCACAGUAUCACCCUCACCACCCCUUCCGCUCUUCCAAAGACCUGCUUUCCAGCUCCCUCGUCAACUUCUACCAUGCUGCCCUUCAGGACUUCUAG